CCCGACUUCUUAAAAGCACUUUUCUCUUUUCUCCUCUUCCUGUCGCCGGCGUGACAGUGUUUUGAACGCUCGGCGAACAGUCCAGCUCCGCUGUUUGCAGUGACGUCGAAAGCCACCGCAACCUCCACACCGUCCCGAUAUUCCUUCACGUGCGAAUCCCUGCAUAGCCUUCUUAUAUAAAGUCCAUCCCUUUCCCUGCCAAGCAAACAAAGGCCGGAAAUUAUUUGUUUAAAUCUAAAAAUGGGAAGCGAGAGUAAUCUGAAGACGUUGGUCUCCGAUAAGCUAAUGGUGUUGCUCGGAUACUCGGCCGCCCUGUUGUUCAGUACAUUAUCGGAAUAAGUUAGUUGUUCUUAGUCCUUGUCCGCCUUACUGGUUAAGUUGCUUUCGAUUUUGUUAAUUUCAAACGGAUGAUAGCAGCAUUGUAUGCAAUUUGAUUUGACUAAUGGAAAAUACAAGCAAAAUCACCAGCUGAUGUGGAAGGCAAGCUUGUGGAAUAUGGGUUGUCUUCAUCAGCUGAAACAAGUGCAUUUGCUGAAGAAAUCUUUUCUAGGGUGCCCCGUCAAGAAUCUGGUUUGAACAAACACGAGAGGGAAGCUGCGAUGUUGGUCAUGAAGCAGAAGACAUAUGCUUUUUUGGAUGCGGAUGAUGACGACGACGAUGAUGGAGGUGGAUCAUCUGUUCCUGUUGUUUCAGAGUCAAGGAAACCAGAUUCCCAUAAGAAGCGGUUUAGGAAGAAGAUUUUGAGUCAAGAAGAUGACGAUGAUGAGCUGAUUGCACAAGAGGAGAAAAGAGAAGAGUCAGAAGAAGAAAGAUUGCGUGAUCAAAGAGAGAGGAAGCAAUUGGAGCAUAAUAUAAGGGACUGAGACACAACAGCAACACGAAAGUUAACAGAGAGAAAGUUGUCAAAAAAGGAAGAAGGUACUACAACUUGAGGAUAUAAUUACGUGACACAUAUUUGUCAAGAAAUGCAUAUUAUGUGCUUAAUGAGUGUUGGUGCAAGGGUUUCUCAAGAAGUAGGGGUCAAACUUGGGCACGAGGUUGGUUAUUCCAUUCGUUUUGAGGAAAAGACUGUUUUGAAAUAUAUGACAGAUGGAAUGCUGUUGCGAGAAUUCCUUGGUGAACCAGAUCUGGCUAGCUACAGUGUGGUGAUGGUGGACGAGGCCCAUGAGCGAACACUCUCAACUGAUAUUCUAUUUGGAUUAGUAAAGGUAAGCAGUAAAUCUUUCAUGUUUUCUAGUCAUUUCUGUAGAGUUAUUUUUUUGAAGAUCAUUAUUCGUCGAUGUUUGGACCAAACCAUCAGUGGUCCCAAUUUUUAUGUGACCUUUGUGCACCUUUGUGGGUGAUAACUGAGUAGUUGACCAUGGUUGAAGAUUUAGUUUUCUUGUCUUUGCAUAAUUUCACGCUUUAUGGAUUAACUCUAGUUAUAUGUGUGCCAAAAUUUGAGGUCAUGGUUUUGUUUUUCUUUGAAAAUUACUUUAUAAUGACGACCCUGCUGGAAGCACUUCUUAAUAGACUCAUAGAUACCUUUGGUUUCUUCGAAUAUCUGAUGGGUAGUGGUUUUUGUAAUGGGAUAUUGCUUGGUUUAGACAUGAUCUUAAACUGCCUAUUUCAAGUGCAACGCUUGAUGCUGAGAAGUUACAGUGAUUAUUUUGAUUCUGCUCCAAUUUUCAAAAUUCCUGGGAGACAGUAUCCUGUUGAAAUACAUUACACGAAAGCACCAGAAGCUGAUUACUUAGAUGCAGCAAUUGUAACUGCACUUCAAAUCCAUGUGACACAACUGCCUGGAGAUAUAUUGCUGUUCCUCACUGGUCAAGAAGAAAUUGAGACAGCAGAAGAAAUAAUGAAGACAGAACAAGGGGUCUAGGGACAAAAAUUGCUGAGCUGCUUAUUUGUCCCAUAUAUGCAAACCUACCAACUGAGCUGCAAUCAACAAUUUUUUAGCCCACACCUGAAGGGGCAAGGAAGGUUGUCCUUGCCACAAAUAUUACUGAAACUUCGCUUACUAUUGAUGGGAUCAAAUAUGUUAUUGACCCUGGAUUUGCAAGAUGAAGUCCUAUAAUCCAAGGACUGGGAUGGAGUCGUUGCUAAUCACUCCCACCUCAAAGGCAUCAGCAAUGCAGAGGGAAGGUCGAUCUGGUUGAACAGGUCCUGGAAAGUGCUACCGCUUAUAUACUGCCUACAAUUAUUACAAUGAUUUGGACGAUAACACACUACCAGAAGUGCAGAGGACUAAUCUUGCAAAUGUUUUGCUUUCGCUGAAGAGCCUUCGUAUUCAUGACUUGUUACAUUUUGAUUUUAUGGACCCUCCACCAUCUAAAGCAUUGCUAAAAGCCCUGGAACUUUUAUUUGCACUAAGUGCAUUAAAUAAGGUAGGUGAGUUGACUAAAGUUGGUCGAAGGAUGGCGGAGUUUCCACUUGACCCCAUGCUAUCUAAGAUGAUAGUUGCUUCUGAUAAGUACAAGUGUUCAGACAAGAUUAUUUCCAUUGCUGCAAUGCUUUCCAUUCGUAAUUCAAUCUUUUACCGUCCAAAGGACAAGCAAGUCCAUGCGGACAAUGCACGAUUGAAUUUUCACACAGGGAAUGUAGGAGAUCACAUUGCAUUGCUCAAGGUUCAUAGCUCCUGGAAAGAGAUCAAUUACUCAACCCAGUGGUGUUACGAGAAUUAUAUACAGGUGAGAAGCAUGAAGCGUGCUAGAGAUAUUAGAGACCAGCUUGAGGGACUCUUGGAGAGGGUGGAGAUUGAGCUGGUUUCAAAUAUGAGUGAUAACGAGACUAUAAAGAAGGCCAUUACAUCUGGCUUCUUCCCUCAUUCCGCAAAGCUUCAAAAGAAUGGAUCUUACAGAACAGUCAAACAUCUGCAGACUGUCCAUAUACACCCAAGCUCAGGGCUGUCACAGGUGCUUCCAAGAUGGGUUAUAUACCAUGAGUUGGUACUUACGACCAAGGAAUAUAUGAGACAGGUGAUGGAAUUAAAGCCGGAGUGGUCAGUGGAAAUUGCUCCGCAUUAUUACCAACUGAAGAAUGUUGAAGAUUGAAAAUGCCUCGUGGAGAAGGGCGCGCGCAAGAAAGACUGGUGGCUUGUCGAAGCCUGUAAGUACAAUUUUGUGUACUAAACUGUGUACUUUAUCAAGUAGUUGACAUACUAACGACUCGGGCAUUUAUAGAGAUGGAUCAUUUCGUAGUCCGGGUACUUGUUUGCAGGAGAAUCCGAGGAUGUUCUUACAGUCAGGUUACGAUUUAGUUCGAGGUAGACGAGAAUGUUUUGAUCACAUAUAUAUACUCUCAGGAAUACCAAAUACAGGUUAAUCUUGUAUAUUCUGUAUCUGAUAUCUGUACAAGGAUUGUUAUUCAUUCGUUGAAUUUUAUUUAACUUCUUAGGACGGGUUUUGCUUUUC